AUGCUACUUAUAGUGGGUGACUUUAACGCACCACACGCCGAGUGGGGCUACCCCAGCGAAUCCUGCGGUCGUAAAGGAACCAAUGUUUGGGACACUGCCCAGACACUGGUUCUGACGCUCCUCCUCGACCCCGAACGGCCCACCCGUUUCGGUAACAGCAUCACGAAAGACAGCUUCCCCGACCUCACUUUCGCCCGCAACAUCCCAGAUGCGCGCUGGCAAAAUCUCGGUAUGAACAUAGGUAGCGAUCACUAUGUUCUCAGCACUACCUUCACAGCCACACACAGCAAGGGCCCCCGCCGCACAUUCAAACACACCAACUGGGACGCUUUCCGGUACGUACGAGCUCAGCGUCCGCAAAGCCCCAUAGACGACCUCGACACAUGGACAGAUACUCUGCUCCGCGACGCAGCCAACGCCACCUCCACAGUCACGCAGGAGGAGGGUGGCCCCACCCCAGAUGCUAAACUCAUGCAUAUGUGGGAGGCCCAGCGCAGCCUCCACGCUCGCUGGCUCCGACGCAAACACAACCGCCCUCUCAAGCUUCGCCUCGCUCGCCUCGAACGAGACAUCGAAGCCUACUCCACCAAACUUAGUCAGGAACAAUGGCAUCAGACUUGCGACCGACUCGACGGGCAGUUGGGAUGCAAGAACACCUGGUUUCUGCUGAAGCACUUGCUUGAUCCGACCCACACCAAGUCUGCACCACACAAGAAUCCCAACCGCAUCAUACACGCGUUUCCAGGCGCGAACCAGGAACUCCUCGCUACCUUGACAGACAAAUACAUAAAUACCUCCACCGACAUUCCCACCCCCUUCAAUUACAAAGGCUGCCAAAACCCAGACAUGGACAGAGACAUCAUGGCGCCGGAAGUCCGCACCGCUCUCAACCGCAUCAAGACUACCGCGGCCGCCGGCGAUGACCAUAUCACCAUCAAAAUGCUCCGAAACCUCGACGACCAGUCGGUCGCAGCAUUUUCGGACCUUUUCAACCACCACUGGCAUGAAGGUCGCCUUUCGGGCUCCUGGAAGCAUGCCAAGCUAAUCUUCAUACCCAAACCAGGCAAAUGA